UUCAGCCUGAUUGUUACCAGUCCACUAUGUAUCAGAAGUAUCCGGUUCCACAGAACCAUAACAAUAGUGCCUCACGUUUCAAGAAGUACGGGAAAUCAGCAACCAGUGUCAACUCAUGUUCACCAGAAUUCAGCUUAGGCACACAACAAAGCACUUUAGGUUUGCAACCCAAAACAAAUAGGAUAGGGACAAUGAUGAAAUGGAUGGGUGUCUUAUUUUUCUUGCUACUUAUCUGUGGGUCAGCAAUAACAACAGUCAUAACACUACUCAAGACGCCAGAAUCCAAGACGUUCAAUGGGACAGUCAUCACAUUUGCGAUGUUUUCUGGAGACAAAAAAACGAAAACGCUUACCUUCCCAGAAGUAAUCAACAAUGGUCCAGACUGCAGUCUCGAAAUGAAUAAAAACAACUCACGCAAAGCAAUAAAAGCUAUGGAGGAAAUGAAUUAUCGAUAUAACUUUAUCCUAUAUGGUACAGCAGCAAACACAUCGUCUCCAGAAUCAGCGAACGCUGCUCUCAAACAAUUGGAAUCUAUAAAGCCUAACUCUGAGAAGCAAUGCAACCUCACUUCGGUGAUUGCCGAGUUCAAGAGGUUACGAAAUGGGACACAAAAUUGUCUCAUCUACAACUUGCCGUGUCAAUAUCAAUAUGAUAGGGACGACCCAGUCAGGAAGAUGUUUGUGCAAGAACUAUCAAAGGUCAAACAAAGGGUAAUGCUUGUCUCACUAACGGCCAAUGCGUCGAAGGUGAAAGAGACAUUCGAACUAGGAGACAGUUUCAAUAUAGUUGGAAUGGAAGAAACAGAUCUAUCAUCAAAAAUCGCAAGUUUCUGCGCAUCAGUCUCACUGCAGGUGCACGUUCUCAGUAAAUGCUGUGGGGAACAACAAUACUUUGCAAAUAUCUCCACUAAAAAAGCUCUGUACUUCUAG